AUGUCCGACGGAGGCCUGUUGAAGCCGGAGAAGGACUUCUCCAAGGAUGCCGAUAAGCUGAUUCCUGAGGCGGAACAACUGGCCAAGACCGACGUCCAGGGUGCGAUCGACAAGCUUCUGGUCCUAGAGAAACAAGCAAGACAGGCUUCCGACCUGCCCACUACGUCUCGAAUCCUUAUCACCAUCGUCACGAUCAGCAAGAACUCCGGCGACUGGAACCUUCUCAAUGACCAAGUGCUCCUGCUCUCGAAAAAGCAUGCCCAACUCAAACAAGCUGUGACGAAAAUGGUGCAGGUGGUGAUGGGAUUCCUGGAAGAAACGCCUAGCUUGGAUGUGAAGCUGUCGGUUAUCCAGACUCUGCGGACUGUGACCGAAGGAAAGAUCUUCGUCGAAGUCGAGAGAGCCCGUGUCACCCGAAUCCUAUCUAAUAUCAAGAAAUCCCAAGGCGAUCUGAAUGCCGCCACCGACAUUCUUUGCGAGCUGCAGGUGGAGACGUUCGGAUCCAUGACCAGGAGAGAAAAGACGGAGUUCAUUCUGGAGCAGGUGGCUCUCUGCAUAGAGCGCGGGGACUGGACGCAAGCCACUAUCCUCAGCCGCAAGAUCAACAAGCGCUACUUCAACCGUAAGCCAAAGAAGAGCGCCGAAGAAAUCGAGAAGCUCAAGAAAGCGGCUGAGGAGCGGGAGAAGACGCGUGCUCCCGACGAGGCCCCUAUGGAGGUUGAUGACGACGUCACGGACCUGAAGCUCCGCUAUUUCGAGCAGCAGAUCAUCCUCUCCAACCACGAAUACAAGUACCUGGAUGUGUGCAAGCAUUACCGUGAAGUCCUGGAUACCGAGUCGGUUGAAAACAACCCGGAGCAGCUGCGAGCAGUACGUCACUAUCUCGUCGCCACCUUAUGGUUCCUGCGCUCUAACAUGAAUGUUUAUAGGUCCUCGCCCGUAUCGUGUAUUACAUUGUCCUGUCGCCGUACGACAACGAACAAUCGGACCUGCUCCAUCGCAUCCAGCAAGACUCGCGACUGUCCACGGUUCCCGUCGAGGCCCGGUUGA